AUGGAGGAUAUUCUGGAGAUGGCAGCUCAGCCGGAGCCCACCCUCUUACAAGCGUGGGAAGCGCAGCAGGCUCCGAUCCUACCACCAGCGCCACCGCUAGCCGUGCCUCAUUUUGCUUAUGUAGAAAGAUUUGAAGGCGGGACCGAAUAUCGCGGUAUCUCAGCCGGGAGGGGAGAAAAGGACCGCAUGCGUAAAUACCUCGGUAUCAACAUUGUGAGCGAUGUCUUGAUGAAGGCCAUUUUCAACGCUCUUGCCGCCUUCACGCCUGACCCAGAGUACCUCCCCGCCGAUUUCGACACGUUAAUCAAGUACUAUGACGCCCUCCGCCAGCACCUCGAGUUCUUGGAGGGACAAUUUCCCAACGAUGAGGCCACCCUAGAGCUCCGCCUUUUAGUGGAGGACCUCUUGCUCGAUCGGGCCGUAUAUGAGGGCGUCGGCAUGGAGCAGUUUCGCCAGCGCGGCCUGCUCUGCCACGCCCACCUCCGCGACAUCCACGAGCGCAGCAUUGACGCUGGCUUGGACGAGAUUGAUGACUGCUUCGCGCUAGGCCUUAUGCCGGCCUACAUCACUGACGACUAUCUCAGCGCCCUCAGUGAAAAGUACACCCAGUUCGCCCUCGCCGGCGACUUUGUCGGCCUCUACAACCUUUGCGAGCCCGUUGCUCGCUCCGGAGACAUCGAGCUGCAGCACAACCCUUCCCUCCUGCUUAAAAUCCUGGACCAGGAACGCUAUGACAUCUACUGGUACCUCCUAGAUCUGGUGGACAGGACCACCACCAGGAGGCAGUUCAUCCCCGGAACACAACUCGAGGAUGUCACCCUAGACCGUCUGCAUAUCGCCAUUCGCUACGGCCAUCUCAAGAUCGUCCAAACCAUGCUUGCCGAACAAAUCACCUUCAAGGGCCACGUCUCCGACGACGACGCCAUCGGCAUAGGCCAUCAUAUAUUCACCCCGUUGUCCGCCGCCGUGUACUGGCGCCAGCCCGAGAUCACGCAGUACAUCCUUGGGUUCGCCCCGUACGACCGGUCCGAGCUCGAGACCGCCGUCACCAUUGCCCUGGCCAACGAUGACUUUGAGCAGAUGAAUAUCCUCCUUGAAUCCGGCGCCCUUGCCAUGCUUUCCGCGUCCUCCCUCUCGAACCUUCAGAAGAUAUCAGCUUGGUCGACCUGA